AUGUCAGUGCUACCGGAAGAUCCAUUGGAACCCUACUAUUUCGAGCAUGAGGAUCAAGAGAUCUGCGGAAAGUUGGUUACUCCAAUAACAGAUAGUUAUCGAGAGGAUUAUCCCACUGUUGUGGACCGCUUUUUCACUAGAUAUUACUAUUUUAAGGGUGACGUUCCCUACCAAGUGCUCUACCACUCCAAUCGCAUUUGCUUGAUUUGCCUGGCUGCCGAUCAUCCAGCUUUAAGUCAGGGCAUCUCCUCAGUAAACUUUGAUAUAGGAAAUGUAGAUCGCAGCCAGAAUGUGGUCAAAGGCAAGGGUAAGAAGGGAGGAAUGAUCCUCCAGGCUGAGUCCACUCUGGCAUUGCUUACCACGGACAAUGGAGAUACUUACAAGGUGCCCAGCUGUAUUCGUGGAAAACUUGUAGAGGUGAACACCGCUCUGGUGGAGGAGCCAAAGCUUCUGGAGCACCUUCCAGAGGGAGCCGGCUACUUCGCUAUCCUCCUUCCAAAAAUCGAAAACUGCGAUGCGAUCAAGGCAAGUCUUCUAACCCAGGAACAAUACGAUGAGCGUAUAAGGUUGAGAAAAGAAGUGCAGCAUAAAAAUGGAACCAGUGGUAGCAUUCAAGACUCUCCCCAGAUCGUGGAAAAGGAGCUGGGAACGUGAUUCUCAUUCAGGUUUUCUGUUCACCUUGUCUUUAUACUCUGUUAAACACUAAUCAUUUGAGGCACAUGAGGUUAUGAGUGUACCAAUUAAACUUUUGACAUUAAAAAAAAUAUUUUCCAA